AUGGGUGAUGAUGAGACAACACAGGCAGCUAUUGAAAAAGAGGAUGAUGAGGAGUAUGGCGACGAAUCGAGCCCAAUCAUUUCAGUGGAAAAUAGUCAAACCCAGUCCGCGAUUGAUAUCACUGCGCAGUACGUUUAUGAGCGCCUCAAUCCCAAAGUUGUCUCCAAUUUGGUUCUCAUAUCUCUUGUCACGUUACCGGAUGAGAUGCCCGCAGCGUUUCAGUCUUCGUAUACCCCAAUUGCAGCAGCUGGCACUGAGAGUCAAAUCCGUCAUUUGUCACGCAUGAUUGCAACACAGUUAACGAAUCAAGAACUAGGCCCCGGAGUCGAUAAAAUCCGGUUGGAGAAACGGCAGCAGUUUAUUGCUCGUCAGGCAGCACGAAUUGAGGGAGCUAUCAUUCCUCCCACUCCGAUGUACCAGUUCGCAGCGACACGUGAACCGUCUCCGCCGCCACGUCCUGAGUUUAUCCCUCCUUCUGCUAUUCGAACAAAGGCUAAGACAAAAGUCCAGUUUGGGCUACUUUCUGUCACAAAAGAGUUGAAAAAUAAACAAGCGGAAGGUCUAAUUCUUCACGUGUUUCGACGGAUUCUGGCCAAUGAAAAAAGAGCAGUUCAGGGUGGCGCGGGUAUCGCUCAGCAAAAAUUAUUGGUCAGAUUUGUGACUCGCUUUGAACAUGGCGAAGACACCAGAUAUGAGGAUGAACUCCUCAGAUUUAUUGUGCAAGAACAAAAAUCCCGGACUGAUUUGGCCCUGUUUUGGAUUGCAGAGUUGUACGCGCAGUUUCUCGGCCUCUUCCACAAGAUUUUACUGGAAGCACCUUUGCUAACGCCACAGUCUCUGGAAUGGUUGCGAACCGCGUGCCUCGAUCGAGUGAGUGAUAAAUUUCCAUGA